AUGGCCAAGCUGUUAGCCUCCGCGCUGUCAUGGCUUCUGCGCAAGCGACUGCUGCUCGCGCUGCUCGUCCUCGUCGCCGCGGGUUUCUUGCUGCUGCGGCAAUCGUCGCCGGCGCUGAGUCGCGUGCACUGGCGCAGCGACUGGUCCUGGGUCGACCUGGGCUCGUCGGGCGUGGCCCCGAUGCGCCGCUACCGCUCCUUUGACCACGCCUCGAUCGACGUGCGCUUUCUCGCCCGCGACGACGCCCGCUGCAGCCGCGACCAGCUGUUUCUCGCCACGCGCGGCUCCGGCACCGAGCCUGGCGCCGUCAUCCUCGACCACACCGGCGAGCUCGUCUGGCGCCAGCCGCGCAUGGCCGCCGAGGUCCACGACUUUCGCGUGCAAGUGUACAAGGGCGAGCCGUUUCUGACGUUUUGGGCCGGCGCCCCGGAUGGCGGCGCAAAGCAAGGAUCGUGGUACAUGAUGGACGACACUUAUACGAUACGUCACAAUAUAUCGGCGCCCGGUUUCGAAUUUGGCGAUAUGCACGAGUUUGAGCUCACCCCCGACGGAACCGCACUCGUCACCAUCUAUAACUCAAUUCCGGCCGACCUGUCCUCGCUCGGAGGCGCUGCAAAGGGCUAUAUCCUCGACGGCGUCUUUCAAGAAAUCGACAUUGAAACUGGCAGCGUGCUGUUUCAAUGGCAUGCUUCCAGUCACAUUCCUCUAAAGACAUCCAAAAAGCCCAUGAAGGGGUGCAGCGACGACCAGAAAAGGGCCUUCCUAGGCUGCGGCAACAGCCCCGACGCCGCUUUCGACUACUACCACAUCAACAGCGUACAAAAAGACUCCAAAGGCAACUACCUCAUCUCCGGCCGCCACACCUCUUCUCUCACAUACAUCAACGGCACGAGCGGCGAGCCCCUGUGGCACAUGGGCGGCGACUUGAACCAGUUCGAGACCACCCCCCUCGGCACAAAGGUCCUCUUUGCGUGGCAGCACCACGCCCGGCUCCACGACGACGACACCAUCACGCUCCUCGACAACAAUGCCUACGACCCGAAUGCGCGGCGCACCGAGUCGCGCGGCCUCCGGCUACAAGCCGACUUCAACAGCAUGAGCGUGACGCUGCAGACGGCCUACAAGCACCCGCAGCAAAUCAUGGCCUUUUCGCAGGGCAACGCCCAGGUACUCCCCGACUCGGGCAACGUGCUCGUCGGCUGGGGCAGCAGCGCCGCCUUUACCGAGUUCUCCGCCGACGGCGAGGUGCUCUGCGACGCACGCUUCGCGCCCGCCGCCUUCUUCUCCUUUCAGCCCCUCAGCUCGUACCGCGUCUACCGCGGGCGCUGGCUUGGCAAGCCGCAGGACGCGCCACGCAUCACCGUCGCGGGGCGGUCCAUCUACGUGAGCUGGAACGGCGCGACAGAGGUGGCUGCCUGGCGGCUUCAGGGCAGGACGACGGCAACAACAGGCAGCGGCGGCGGCGGCAGCGACGAGGAUGAUGCGUUUGAAGAUGUGGUUGAGAUUCCCAAGACGCACUUUGAGUCCGAGUUUGCGGCGGCCAACUUGACGAGGUCGUACAGCAAGAUUCGCGUGCAGGCCAUCAACGUCGGGGGUGUGACGCUGGGGACAACGGCAGAGGUCGAUCCGCCCAGCCGCUUGUCAUUGCUGAUUGGCGCGAUUAACCUGCUGCUCGUUGGGGCUACGGCCGGUAUCGUCCUCGGCUGCGUGUCGCUCGUCAUGGGUGUCAUGUCGUGUAGAAGGCGAUACGGCAGGACUGUAGGAUACAAGCCUGUGGAAAUGGAUGAUUUGAGUUAG